UAAACCUGAUCUUAACCACAUUAAUAACAUUAUGUCCAACCCUAACUUUUAAAUUAAGACCCCAAAAUAAAAAUUACGAUUUUAAUUUUUACCGAAGCCAAUUCUGACUUUGUGGCUGUGGUAACUAGGGACAACCCAGCCACGUUAUUUUAUAGUUCAUUGGAAACUGGUAGCUUGCUAGCCGAAUUAUUAACCCGCUUUAAUGUAUAUUAGCCACUGUGUUUUGAACACACUUCUGUCAAUCUAGCUAAUUAUAUAAUUUCAUUGCAUAUUUACGUUGUUAUUGUUAUUAGUUAGCUAACUGUAGCUGGCUGGUUAAGUUAGCAUUAGCAUAGUUAGCUAACUGUUAGCCCUCAUCCCCAGACCAUGAGUUCACCAAGCUGCUCUCCUCCUGAUGAAGAGGAGGAGGAGGAGGUCUGCUGGACGGAGAAAGAGGGUCUGUGGCUGAAUGUUGUCGUGAAAGAGGAGAAUGAAGAGGAGGCUGUUACAGUAACAAAAGUAGAGGAAGAGGAGGAUGUCACAGUAACAAAAGAAGAGGAAGAGCAGGUUGUUACAGUGAAAGAGGAAGAGGAGGUUACUGUGUUGGGAGUGAAGGAGAAGGGAGAGAUAACUGUCACAUUGGACGAGGAAGAGACAGGAGAUCGGAUUAACACCAGAGAGAGACGGGACUAUCGUGGAUCCUCUGGGGAGCCUCAACAACCUCAUGAUGCUGACAAGAAAGUGAAGAGUCUCUCCAGAUCCAGAUCAAAACACCUGAAGAAACACCAGCGGAGACCCAAAACGAAAACUCACUGCUGCUCUGACUGUGGGAAGAGUUACUUAAGAUCAGAUUCACUGAAACUACACCAGAGAAGCCACACAGGAGAGAAACCUUUUUGCUGCUCUGACUGUGGGAAGAAAUUCACCUCCUCGGCAGACCUUAAAAGACAUCAGAGAAUCCACACAGGAGAGAAACCUUUUAGCUGCUCUGACUGUGGAAAGAGUUUUGUUUCGUCAGGACAUUUAAAAUCUCACCAGAGAACACACAAAGUAGAGAAACCCUAUAGCUGUACUCAAUGUGGGAAGAGUUUUACUCACUCAAGCAGCUUGAUAGUACACCAGAGAACACACACAGGAGAGAAACCUUAUAACUGUGAUCAAUGUGGGAAGAGUUUUCUUUCAUCUGGUCGUCUGACAAUACACCAGAGAACACACACAGGAGAGAAACCUUACAGCUGUGAUCACUGUGGGAAGAGUUUUACUACAUCUAGCCAGCUGACUUUGCACCAGAGAACACACACAGGACAGAAUCCUUAUAGCUGUACUCAAUGUGGGAAGAGUUUUACUCAGUCAAACAGCCUGGUAUCACAUCAGAGAACACACACAGGAGAGAAACCUCAUAGCUGUGAUAAAUGUGACAAGAGAUACUCUGAUAAAAGAUCUCUGAUUAAACAUCAGAAAAUACAUAGUCUAACAUCUCUGACCAUGCGGCCACUAAGCUGCUCUCCUCCUGAUAAAGAAGAGCAGAAUGUCACAGUAAAACAAGAAGUAGAGGGUGAAGCUGUUGCCGUGAAAGAAGAAGAGGAAGACGUUUCAGUGAAAGAAGAGGAAGACGUUUCAGUGAAAGAAGAGGAGGAUGUUACAGUAAAAGAAGAGGAAGGGAAAGAGGAGGAUGCAGUUUUUGGAGUGGAGAAGGAAGGGGAGAUUACUGUCACAUUGAAAGAUGAAGAGGUGGAGGUAGGAGAUCUGAUUAACACCAGAGAGAGACGUGACGAUCGUGGAUCCUCUGGGGAGCCUCAACAACCUCAUGAUGCUGAGGAGACAGAGAAGAGUCUCUCCAGAUCAGAACAUCUCAAUAAACACCCGCAGAGAACCACAGGGAAGGGAACUCACUGCUGCUCUGACUGUGGGAAGAGAUUCACAUCAUCAGGCAUUAAAAUUCAUCAGAGAACACACACAGGAGAGAAACGUUAUAGCUGUGGUCAAUGUGGGAAGAGUUUUACUUCAUUUGGCAAUCUGACUCAACACCAAAGAACACACACAGGAGAGAAAUCUCAUAGUUGUGAUCAAUGUGGGAAGAGUUUUAGUCGAUCUGGAGAUCUGACAGUGCACAAGAGAAUACACACAGGAGAGAAACCUUAUAGCUGUGGUCAAUGUGGGAGGAGUUUUAGUCGAUCUGGAGAUCUGACAGUGCACAAGAGAAUACACACAGGAGAGAAAUCUUAUAGCUGUGAUCAAUGUGGGAAGAGAUUUGCUACACCUGGCCACCUGACUCUACACCAGAGAACACACACAGGAGAGAAUCCGAAUGGAUAUAGCUGUGAUCAAUGUGGGAAGAGAUUUGCUACACCUGGCCACCUGACUCUACACCAGAGAACACACACAGGAGAGAAACCUUAUAGCUGUGAUCAAUGUGGGAAGAGUUUUAGUCGAUCUGGAGAUCUGACAGUGCACAAGAGAAUACACACAGGAGAGAAACCUUAUAGCUGUGGUCAGUGUGGGAAGAGAUUUACUCAGUCACACAGCCUGAUACACCACCAGAGAAUACACACAGGAGAGAAACCUUAUAGCUGUGAUCAAUGUGGGAAGAGAUUUGUGACACCUGGCCACCUGACUCUACACCAGAGAACACACACAGGAGAGAAAUCGUAUAGCUGUGAUCAAUGUGGGAAUAGAUUUGCAACACCUGGCCACCUGACUCUACACCAGAGAACACACACAGGAGAGAAACCUUAUGGCUGUGGUCAAUGUGGGAGGAGUUUUAGUCGAGCUGGAGAUCUGACAGUGCACAAGAGAAUACACACAGGAGAGAAACCUUAUAGCUGUGAUCAAUGUGGGAAGGGAUUUGCUACAUCUGGCAACCUGACUCUACACCAGAGAACACACACAGGAGAGAAACCUUAUGGCUGUGGUCAAUGUGGGAGGAGUUUUAGUCGAUCUGGCUAUCUGACAGUGCACAAGAGAAUACACACAGGAGAGAAACCUUAUAGCUGUGAUCAAUGUGGGAAGAGAUUUGCUACAUCUGGCCACCUGACUCUACACCAGAGAACACACACAGGAGAGAAACCUUAUAGCUGUGAUCAAUGUGGGAAGAGUUUUAGUCGAUCUGGAGAUCUGACAGUGCACAAGAGAAUACACACAGGAGAGAAAUCUUAUAGCUGUGGUCAGUGUGGGAAGAGAUUUACUCAGUCACACAGCCUGAUACACCACCAGAGAACACACACAGGAGAGAAACCUUGUUGCUGUGAUCAAUGUGGAAAGAGUUUUAGUCGAUCUGGAGAUCUGACAGUGCACAAGAGAAUACACACAGGAGGGAAACCUUAUAGCUGUGAUCAAUGUGGGAAGAGUUUUGUUCAAGCUUGCCAUCUGACUCAACACCAGAGAACACACAGGAUUGAAAUCUCAUAGCUGUGACCAGAGAUAAUCUGAUAAAAGAUCUCUGAUCAAAUAUUAGAAAAUACAUACAUGAAGUAGUUGUUUCAUGAUUUCAAUGAAUUAAUGUCACAAUGUAGAAUUUUUUAACAUUGUAGUAGGAGUAUUGUAAUGAUUUCACAAUGUAGAAGCCUAAACGUGUGCCCACUUAUGAAUUGAUAUCAACAUGUUAUGGAUAUUAGCCUCAUGGGGA